AUGGCACAAACAGCACCACCAAGGAGCGACCCAACCUUAGAGAUAUGGAUAGGUGAACGGAGCCUCUACAUCCUCAUUGUCUUUUUGACUAUCAUCGGCUCCCUCAUCCUGAUCCCUACUGCAUAUAUUCGAUGGCGUCACAAACGGCUGAUGGAGUCGGAAGUCAUCUUUAUCGUUCUUGCAUAUGUAUUCUUCCUUGCAAACGAACUCGUCCUACUUGGUCUACAGACACGAGUCUACCGGCUGAGUUAUGUGGCCCUGGGCAUGAAACCGUUUUACAAGGAGCUCCUCCAGGAUCGACACGACGUUAUCAUCCUCGCAUAUGCCUCGACCUACCUCUUCUAUACCGCUCUCUGGUGCAUCAAAAUAUCCCUACUCCUUUUCUUCCGCCCAUUUUUAAAGGCAUUACCGGAUCAGCUUUUGUGGUGGAAAGUGACAAUCGCCUAUCUCACCGCCACCUUUAUAUUUGGAUUCCUCACUACUUUGCUCUCUUGUGGUGGACCUAAACAGCUCAACCGUAUUGGUCCCGGUCAAAAGUACUGUCAAGGACGUAUGGAAUCCCUAACCCGGAACCUGAGCUUAUUUGGUUGGUUUGCAAGCGAUGUCUCAACUGAUCUGCUGAUCAUGAUACUUCCACUACGACUCAUAUACGGAAUGCACAUUUCUUACGCCCAGAAGAUGAGAGCAGGCGCGCUUUUCUCUGUUGGGCUGCUCUGCAUGAUCACCUCUAUUAUCCGUCUUGUUCAGAUCGGCUCUAAGACAGGCAUCACGAACCCAAAUGUGCAAUGGUUGUCUCUUUGGGGGACCGUCGAAGCUACCACUGCUAUGAUUGUUGGAUGUCUUCCCACCUUCCGGUUACUCUUUAAGUCGCCCCCUGGACGUGAACAGGCCAAUUACCUGAUCAAAAUGCCUCAAUUGAAUCCUGGGUCUACUUCAAACCCUUCUACUUCGAGCGGUAGCCACCACGGAGUCCCUUCGUUAGCCUAA